CACAGCAUUUCUAAACUUGCAGCAUCAUUCUGUUCUGUUCUGUUCUGUCCUUUUCUCUCCAGCUAUGAUGACAAACGCUGCCGGUGGUGGAUGGGGCCUUUUGUUCAUGGCUGUUCUUAUUCCAGGUUUCCACCACCAGAGAAAUGACAGCUCCAUCCAAACCGGAUCAAACUCUAAGGCUCAGAUCUACCAACCGGUCCUGCAGCCGUCUGAGUCCAUCCCACCCAUAGGGAUGUACACGCUGAGAACCCGCGCUGGGAAACCCUGCAUCAAAGCCUCGAUGGGAGCAGAGUUCAUUGUCAUCGAAAAGAAGACCUGGUACUUCAACCUGGACCCGUCCAGAGUCCAAACCACUGGUUACUGUGAGAAACAAGCUGCUCUAAUGUCUCUAACGCUGCCAGACAACGCUGCCAGUCUGCAGUUCACAUUCAGAAAGGAAAAGGAUGUCUUCUACGUCACCAAGAUCACCGCUCAUGUGUCUCCUCUGCCGGUCUGUCAGAAAUGUGCCAAUAAGACUUACUCAGGUUUGGUCGACCAUGAGAAGCUGUUCAAGACCACAGAUGGGCGGAGCUUCAAGUGUAAAUCUGAGAACCUGCUCCUGAUGUCGUCUGUGUUCAACGUCAAACUCGUCCCUCUGCAGAUACAGGCCUUCACUGUCCCCAAAGGACAGUAUGGAAAAGAGGUGGAGUGCUGGGCUGACUUCAACAGGCGGGUCAUUCCCAUCGUCAUCGGGGCCACGGUGGUCGGUCUCAUCCUGAUCGCUGUGUUAACCUUCCUGUUCAUCAAAGACCGACGCAGACAAGGAUAUGAAAGUCUGUGAGAGGCAAUAACAAAAGAGGAGACGGCUGAUUUCUGACGUCAAAACAACAAAUACAACAGCUUUAUUAAAUUUAUGUUGGAUUUAUUUAGGAUAGAAUAUGAUUAUUUUGUUAUUUUCUAUGGUCUUUUGUCUUUGUUAUCAUUAUGUAACUGCUUUACAUGUUCUCUGUGCUGCUUCUUUCAACAGCCUGAUGUUUUUGCUUAUUGGAUUAAGUCAUGGGUUGGUAAAUUGAAUAAUAUGCAGAAUUGUAAGCAAGUUUUUUUUCUCCAUUUAAUCUAUUUAUUCUUGGAAAAACAAAUUGCAAAAUAAAUAAAUAAAAAAUCAACAGAAGAAAAUUCAAAUGUUAAAAAAUGAAGCAAUAUAAAGCAAGUUAUUUUAUAAUCUGCAAUGAGGAACUGCUAUAUUUGAAGUGUUGAGCAUAGACUGUAGAACAUAUUGAGUAGAAUUAAAUUAAUGAAUGGUCUAUUAACAAUACAUGAAAAGAGGUAAACAUCCACAAAAAAUAGGAGGUGUGCAGGAUCCCAAAAUUAACCAUGAAAAAAUAAAGGAAGGUCCACAAAACCUGUGAGCUCCCAAAACAUUUAUUCAGCAACGUGACGUUUUGGGCCGAGGCCCUUCAUCAGACUGAGGACAGACAGACUUACACAGGAGUUUUAUAUACAGUGUCUAAUCACAACACGUAACCUGUAAUAUAUGUCAUUUCAGAGAAACAGAAAAAAUUAUUUUAAAACUUUUCAAACAUGUGAUCAGUUAUAAAUGAUCAAAAGUCAAAUGUUUCAAAUGUCCACAAAUACAGUUACACAGGUGUUUUAUAUGCAGUGUCUGACCACGUAUGAUCAAUUAUAAAUGAUUAAAAGUCAAAUGUUUCAAACGUCCACAAAUACAAAUACAAAAGACUAUUUUUGACCACAUUGAGAUACGCCCAAAAUAGUCUUUUUGCUUUUGUAAAUCUAUUUUUGUAAAUCUGUUUUUGUAAAUUAGUGAAUAAGAACUGUGCACACAUGCUGAAUGUGGUGUUUGUCACCACAUUCAAAUGGACAGUAUAAUUACAUGGACCUGUAUAAAUGCAAAGAAAUUUGACUAAUACCUGUUUAUAAAAUUCAUUUUCAUUUUAAUUUAUUCAAUCAUUCCAAUCUAAGUGAUUAGAAAGGACCAGGAUGAAGAAAACUUAUAACACCUGCCCCUUUCUUGAAACAUCUGCUCACAUCAGAUA